AUGGCGGCCCGACGCCUUCGUCAAGCUGAAACAAGGCACUGAUCAGCACAUCGAUUGUCUUCUGAUUGUGCAUUCUUCCGGGAACCGGGAGCGAUCAGCAGUGACGGUAGGCCGAGCAGGCGCUACACAGACAGAUUCUUUGAUUGUUCGGGUCCCUGGAAAAUGUGAUCCCCUGGACCCGGAUGAGCAGUGCGGAGCUUGAGAGGAGAGGAGGGAGGAUCUACGCGAGCCUCUCGCACAGACGGAGGCGUUGUUGGGUUCCUGCUGGGUGACACAAGGACAAUAACAUCUUCUCGUAUUCAGGAUACGUAUUCAGGAUCUUGUUUGUUUCAUCACGGUCUCUGUCCCUAUCCUUUCCCAAAGGCAACGUAUAUAAGCCGAAAAGGAAGCGAGGAGAAAGAGGAACUCCCAUUCACCCAUCUAUCGUCUUACACUGCUUUUUACUUCGCAACACUGCCCAACUACCGCCUCUCUUUUAUCACCAGCACGCGCCAUGCUCUCCCUCGAACUCAUCCUCCUGACUCUUCCGCUCGGCUACGCCCUCUCCAUCCCCUUGUCUUCUCCCAGCUUUGCCCGUGCUGCCGCUGUCGAACAGCAAGAACCCAGUUCGCAGUUCGUGGGCUGUACAGACCGUGGAUACAUCCAGCAGAUCACCAAUGAUGAUUCUGCUAUUAGCCCACGCUUGAGUUACGAAGCUUGUACCAUGUACUGCUCUGAAGACUCAACCAACAAGUACGCGUACUUCAACGACAAGGACAGCGAGUGUUAUUGCAGCGGCGAAGAAUACCCAACGUCCUCAGAUAUCAGAGAUGCCAAUAACAGUGUUGGUACGUGUCAGCCAUCACAGACCACCGUCACGUACCUCACCUCUCCUUUCAUCUUCACCCACUGCAUCCCUUCCGACUCGUACUCCCCCUCGUCUUCCAGCGACAAGUCCUUCACAGCCUCUUCCCCCGAAUACUGCCUUGACACCUGCAACACUACCCCUUCCUCCACCAUUGCCCAUGUCCAGCCGACUUACGAUGCGGAGGACGAUUGGUGGGUGUAUGACUGUCGAUGUGUGAGCUCUCGACAGCGUACGGAGGCGAUCGGGGGGCUGUUUGUGCUGGACAACAGUCAAAGGGCUUUUGAUGCUGGAUGGGCGCCGGAAGACGGGGCAAAGUGCGGGUUCGAGAGCGUUUUCGUAUAUGAGAGGCCUGUACUGCAGUGAGCGAACUUUGGGGCUCUCUCCAUACCACGGACAAUCUUCUCUCAUUCUAGGUAGCCUGCACGUCCUGCAGGCUGUAGUCUUUCUUCACAUCCACGCUGUACUAUACGUUCAUCACAUGACCAUUGA